ACAGUACUUGUUUCCUGCUUUUUCAGGCGUCUUCUAGUUACAGCUUGCGCAUAUUCGAUGCCAAGAACGAAAAAUAAGGCUCGUCGUGGCAGGGGUGGUGGGAAGACUCAGAACAGGGGCGGCCCUAACUGGAGGACCGAUGCCGUCGAGACAGUGGAUAUGAAUAACGAACGAUUCAACAAUUGUCUGCGCGAACCGUUACCUACGACUUUUCGAGUUGCUGGAAGUCGCCAAGCAGCACGCCUCCUAAAUGAUACUAUCAAGGAAACUCAUGUGCCACAUUUGGCCGGUGUCAUCUUCGAAGGAGAGGUAGUCUCUCCUCCGACGCAGCUCCCUUGGUAUCCUGAUGGGCUUGCCUGGCAGUUCAACGUGUCCAAAAAGGUACUACGGAAACAGCCGGAGUUCAAGAGAUUUCAUUCCUUCCUUGUCUUCGAGACUGAAGUUGGAAACAUCUCUCGUCAAGAGGCGGUGAGCAUGUUACCUCCGUUAUUCCUCGAGGUUGAGCCUCACCACAGAGUCAUGGACAUGUGUGCUGCUCCAGGCUCUAAAACCGCCCAACUCCUCGAAGCGCUACACGCUCAAGACACAGCAACGGCAUCUUCGAUCCCCUCGGGCCUUCUCAUUGCCAAUGAUAGUGAUAACAGACGAACGCAUUUGCUCAUUCAUCAAUCAGCUCGUUUGCCUUCGCCGGCCUUAAUGGUUACGAACCAUGACGCUUCCAUUUUCCCUGUUAUCAAGAUACCAUCAGAGCAGACAAUCUUUCCAUCCGGUACCAAGACCAGGGUGGCUAACAAAAGGCAGCAUCAGCUUCUGUUCGAUCGCAUAUUAUGCGAUGUGCCAUGUAGUGGAGACGGCACUAUGAGAAAGAAUCCAGGUAUCUGGAAGAGUUGGUCACCGAUGGACGGAAAUGGGCUCCAUGGAUUGCAGAUCAGGAUUCUUCAGCGUGCAAUGCGAAUGCUCAAGAAAGGAGGUCGCAUUGUAUACUCGACUUGCUCUCUGAACCCUGUCGAGAACGAGGCUGUCAUAGCAGCUGCUCUAAAGUCCAUUCCUGGUUUUGAGCUUGUGGAUGUGUCGAACUUUCUUCCUGGGCUGGUUUAUCGGCCGGGCAUGACUUCUUGGGUCCCAUCGGUUGAUCGAUCGGUUAUCACGGACUUUGCAACAUUCCAAGGUUACAUUCAAUCACUACCUGAAUCCAAGCGCGAGGAGACCAAGAUGGUUGAGUCUCACUGGCCUCCUGCGCAGGCUGAGGCCGAGGAGUUACAUCUCAGUCGUUGUUUGAGAAUCUACCCACACCUUCAGGAUACCGGCGGUUUCUUCGUUGCCGUCCUGCAAAAGAGUCCGGGCCCCCUUGUUGAGGCGAGCGCAUUGGGAUCAUUAGAGGGCAAACGGCAGGCCAACGCCGUCGAAGGCCUGGAAACUUCUGAGGUGAAGAAACCCAAGCUCUCGGUCGGAGAUGUGGAGCCUGAGGCGAAUGAUGGUGAUGAUGAUGCCAUGCUCCAAGAUUCACAGGAAGGAACAGAGUCAGCACCUGCAAUUCCGUCUGAGCCCCGAGCUGCAGCUUCGGAGAAGAUGAAGGGCAAAGCGAAAGCCAAGGAAGGUGGCGACAUUCAUUUCAAGGAGAACCCAUACACGUUCAUGACGUCGGACGAUCCCAUUGUACAGGCUUGCAUCACGAAGCUCAACCUAAAGUCCGACUUCCCCGUUUCGAAUAUUUUGGUGCGCAAUCCUGCUGGAGACCCUGUGCGGUCUCUCUACUUGACCAACGAUCUCGUGAAAGACAUCGUGCAAAACAACGAUUACACGAGGAUUCGUUUGAUGACAUGCGGAACAAAGGUGAUGGGUAAACAGGAAGGCGCUGCCGCGAAACGUGAGGGUGCCGAGUUGCAGUUCCGAGUCCUAAGUGAAGGCUUGCCUGUCUUGCUUCCUUUCAUCCAACCUGAGUCGAUUAUUACCGCCGACCUUUCAACGUUGAAGAUCCUUAUGGAGUCGUAUUAUCCCGUGAUACCAGGAUUCCCAGAACCAUUCCGGUCAAUGAUUGAAUCGAAGCCCACUGGAAGCCAUGUGGUCCGCUUCGUUCCAUCGCAGGCAGGAAAUUUCUCCUUGACACAUGAGUUGGUCCUUCCUCUGUGGAAGUCAAAUGCUUCUCUUACCCUCAUGAUCGAGAAGAAAGCAAAGAGCGCCCUGAGUUUACGAGUAUUUGGAGAAGAUGUCACCACGGUUGCUCGGGAGGCAGCGCAGCAAAAGCGAGAUAGCACGGCGACGUCUGUUGAGGCUGGAGUAGACAUUCAAGGUCCGGAGCCUGGAGAAGAUGUUUCUGGUAUCGUUAUAGAGGACUAGCAAUAAUAUAUAUGCUACCUGCUCAACGUCCGUGGAUCGUUUGAUUGUUACUUGAAGAUGAAUUGAAGACUUGUAUACUCUGCAUCUACCCGUUGGUCCUCGGACCCGACGGGCGCUGAAUCAGAGUUUACACCCAGUACUGCGGAUCUACUCUAUUUUACCAUGUCACUGCCAUGUACAGGAUCGUAACCAUGGAAUCUUACAAUCGGUAUUGCCUGAUUAGGCUAACCUGACCUU